AUGCUAUGUAACAUCCAGUCCAAGAGGAAGCCCAUAUACGACGACUUCGAGGAGCUCCCGGCCUCCACCGGCGCCGCCCUGACCCCCUACCAACCCAUCCCCGUCUCCUCCGCCGAGGCAGCAGAGCAGCAGCAGAAGCAGCAGCAGGCCGAGCAAGGCCCGGCGACGGCAACCGCGACAGCCCCCCGCCGCGGCCCGACCCCGACGGACCGGCUGGCCGUGCAGAUCGGGCGCGCGCGGCUCUUCCUCUACCGCCAGGCCUGCGCGGCCGAGGACUCGGUCAACGCGGCCAUGGACCGCGCCUUCGCCCUCGAGCACUCCUUCACCUCGACGCUCGCCGCCCUGGCCCCGCCCCGCGAGUCGGGCGAGCGCCUCAUGCCGGGCGCCGUCUACGUCCUCGUCGCCGCCAUGGCCGGCAGCAUCCUGACGCGGCGGUCCAACGUCGUCCUGCGCGCCGCCGUGCCUACGGCCCUGGGCGUCGGCGCCGGCUGGGCCGUGCUGCCCGUCACGAUGCGCAACUGCGCCGACCUGGCGUGGCGGUACGAGCAGCGCUUCCCCGCCGUCGCGGACGCGCACCUGCGCGCGCGCGAGGCCGUCGAGCGCAGCGGGCGGUUCGUCAAGGUGCACGCCGAGCUGGGCAAGCGCAUGGCCGACGAGAAGGUGACGGCGGCCCGCGAGGGGCUCGAGGACUGGGUCAAGAAGGGCAAAUAA